AUUCCAAAUAACGAAGCAUCUUCAGAAAAUGCAGGAUUCAGAAAAACAUCUGCUUCAGAAGUCUUUUGUGACACCGCCAAAGAAGGAUAUCUUCAUUUUCGGCAGCUGGUUACAGACAAGGGGAAGAGAGUUGGUGGAAGCAUCCGCCCAUGGAAACAGAUGUAUGUCAUCCUCAGAGGGUGUUCAUUAUACUUAUACAAGGAUAAAAAAGAACCAACUAUGCUUUCUGAGGAGGAACAGCCCAUCAACAUCAAUGCUUGUUUAACAGACAUUUCAUAUAGUGAUACCAAAAAGAAACAUGUGUUUCGGCUUACUACAUCAGACUGUGAAUACCUGUUUCAAGCUGAAAAUAGAGACGACAUGCUGGCAUGGAUUAAGGCUAUACGUGAAAACAGCAAUGAGGAGGACACAGGUGUCUCGAGCAGGGAUCUAAUUAGUCAGAAGAUUAAAGAAUACAGCACAAUUAUGGGUGCUUCUAGUGGCAAAACUGAGCCACUUUCAAAACCAUCCCGACCGAGCCUAAUUAAAAGACAGACAUUCCUUGGCACUAAAACUGAGCAAAGAACUCAGAGUCCACAUUCUCCUAAGGAGGAAUCAGAAAAGAAAUUCCUUACGAAAGAAAAAGAUGAGACAAGCCCACCCAAAGAUAAAGGUAUAUGGCGAAAAAACAUUCCAAGCAUCAUGAAAAAAACAUUUGAAAAGAAGUCAUCUGCCGCUUGCACAUUUGGUGUCAAACUAGUUGAUUGCCCCCCAGCAGAGAGCAAUAAGUAUAUUCCAAGAAUUGUUGAAAUAUGCUGCAAGCUAGUUGAAGAGAGAGGUCUUCAAUAUACUGGUAUUUAUAGGGUUCCAGGAAAUAAUGUUGCCAUCUCAAAUUUGCAAGAAGAUCUGAACAAAGGAAUGACUGACAUUGAUCUUCAAGAUGAUAAAUGGAGAGACCUGAAUGUCAUAAGUAGUUUAUUGAAGUCCUUUCUCCGAAAGCUUCCAGAACCACUUUUUACUAAUGAGAGAUAUGCAUCUUUCAUAGAUGCCAACAGAAAGGAAGAUCCUGUUGAGCGACUAAAAACAUUGAAAAACUUGAUCCAUGAUUUACCUGAACAUCAUUAUGAAACACUUAGAUUUCUCUGUGCCCAUCUGAGAAUUGUGGCAGAACAUUCAGAAGAGAACAAGAUGGAACCAAGAAACCUGGCAAUAGUAUUUGGUCCAACACUUGUGAGGACAUCUGAAGAUAACAUGACUAAUAUGGUUACUCAUAUGCCAGAUCAAUACAGAAUUGUAGAAACACUUAUCCAAAAACAUGACUGGUUUUUCGCAGAAGAUGAUGCUGAACAACCUUUUACAGGAGUUCAGGAAGCAAACACAGUAGAGUCUCAGCCAGUGCCAAGCAUAGAUCAUUUACUCAGCAACAUUGGAAGGAUUGGAGUAUAUCCUGGAGAUGUAUCAGAUUCAGCUACUGGUGACUCUGCAAAAUUUAAGGGUUCUUGGGGAUCUGGAAAUAAUCAAUACAGCAGAGAGCUACUCAAGUCCUCUAUAUUUGCCACAACCAGUCGCAAGCGGAAAAAAGCAAAAGACAAACUGCAACCCAGCAGCUCUGAAGAUGAGUGGGAUAGUGUUUUUUUCAUGAAGGAGCCUGCAGAGCUCCAUUGUAAUGACUCCCCAAAAGAGGACACACCUAAAACUGAGCUGGAGAAGGAAACCACAGCAGGAAUAGAGAGAGCAGGAUUUCCGAAAGAAAAGGAAGACUGUGUGAACAGUCCUUCUGCUACAAGCAAGGAUGAAAUGUUGCUAAGGAAAGAGAAUUUGUCCUCUGAAGAGCCCUCAACAUCUUAUAUUCAGAAAUACAGGAGAUCCCCAAAUCCCAUCUCUUGGAGAAAUGCACAAAAAGAUAAC